UUCUCACGUCACCUUGCAUGAGCUGUUACAAUUUGAUUCCUCGGUGAGAAAGAAAAAUCUGCCUGUAGCCUCAAUCACAUGAUACUAAUCAGUCCCACCUUCUUCACGUGUACGCCUCAAGCUGCGUAUAAAUCUGCAACCCCUUGCAGUCGAGGAAAACAUUAGCUUACAACUUGCUUUCCUGCUUUUGUAUACUCUUGCAUCUUGCUCUUCUAGUAUGGCGCUUCUCGGAGGCAUAGCUGGAGCCUUGUUCCAGGAUAAAGGCUCGUCUAAGAUCGUCUAUAAAGGCGCUGUCCUCGUCCGGAAAACUAAUGUCCUCGAUGUCACCAACGUUGGAGCUUCGGUGGUGGACAAUACCGCAGAUCUCCUUGGUCUUGGAGUGACACUGCAAUUGAUCAGUGCCAAGACAGGAAAGAAGAGCAAUCCCGCAAACCUUGAGAAGUGGUUGUUUUCUGGAGGAUUAUUUGCUACGGACGAUGUCAAGUACUCUGUGAAGUUUUCAGUAGAUCCGGAUUUCGGACUGCCUGGAGCAUUUAUCAUCGCAAAUAGUCAUCCAAGUGAAUUUUACCUUGUCUCUUUGACUGUCGAGAUGCCUGGAGGGGGGAAGAUCGUUGAGUUUCCUUGCUAUUCCUGGGUUUACAAUUCGUCCCUCUACAGAACAGAGCGUCUGUUCUUCAGUAACCAGCUCUACUUGCCAAACGAGACACCGACGGGCCUGACAAAUGCUCGGGAGAGUGACUUGAAAGCCCUGAAAGGCGAUGGAACGGGAAUUAGACAAAACUGGGAUCGGAUUUACGACUAUGAUGCUUAUAACGAUCUGGGAAAUCCACUCCUCAACCUGCAAAGACCAACUUUGGGCGGAUCGACUGAUCUUCCUUAUCCCCGCAGGUGUCGCACUGGUCGAAUUAACAUCAACGGAGUUGAAACUCUCACCUUGACCCCGUUAAACAAAUUCUACAUACCAAGCGACGAAAGAUUUGGCGCCGUGAAGAACAGUGACUUCCUGGCCGACGGUCUCAAGGCACUGAGUCACAGCGUUCUUCCAGCUCUGGAAAGCGUCAUCACGUUUGACCAGACGUUUGAUUCGUUCAAGGAGAUAAAGGACCUGUAUGACCAAGGAUUUGACAUAUCCGAGCUUGUCACCUCACCAGUAAGGGGGAUGCAAACGCCACUCGAGUUCUUCAACGAGUUCACUGCAGACACCGGCAACACCAGCUACAUGAAGUACCCACUUCCGCAAAUCUUAAAAGUGAAUGAGAAGGGAUGGAUGACGGACGAAGAAUUUGCAAGACAAAUGCUGUGUGGAGUGAAUCCUAUGACGAUUCAAUGUCUGAAGGAAUUUCCACCGACGAGCACUCUGGAUCCUGAAAAAUACGGACCAUCAAAGUCCGCUAUUACCGAGGAACAUAUCGGCAGUCAGCUAGAAGGCUCAACCGUACAACAGGCAGUGAGUGACAAGAAACUGUUUAUUCUCAGCUAUCACGAUGAGUUCAUGCCUUACCUUGACGCGAUCAACACCCAGAGAUCAUCUUACGCUUACGCAUCCCGAGUUCUCCUGUUUUUGAAGUCGAAUGGAACUCUCCGGCCCGUAGCCAUCGAGCUCAGCACACCGUCUUCUCAGAGAGUCUUCGUCCCACCGGCAGCUGGAAAAACCGAUUGGCUCUGGGAGCUCGCGAAAGCACACGCCGCCACGAACGAUUCUGGAUAUCACCAGCUUGUCAGUCACUGGUUAAGGACACAUGCUUGCAUCGAGCCAUUCAUUAUCGCGACUAACAGGCAGCUGAGCAAGCUUCACCCUCUAAACCCGUUCCUGCAGCCUCACUUCAAGUACACCAUGUCAAUCAACUCGCAAGCGCGGCAAAGCCUCAUCAAUGCAGCUGGAAUCAUCGAGCUAACUUUCACUCCAGGAAAAUACUGCAUGGAGAUGAGCGCCGUGGUUUACAAAGGCUGGAGAUUCGACGAACAAGGCCUACCAGCAGAUCUCAUCAAAAGAGGGAUGGCGGUCCCAGAUUCCACAGCAAAGCACGGACUCAAGCUUGCAAUCGAGGACUAUCCAUAUGCCGCAGAUGGUCUUGAAAUCUGGGACGCUCUGGAAAAAUGGACGUCCAGUUAUCUCGACGCUUGCUACAACGACGACGAAGCAGUAGCAAACGAUACAGAGCUCCAGGCCUGGUGGAACGAAGUAAUCAAGAAAGGCCAUGCAGACAAGAAGGACGAGCCAUGGUGGAUCAAGCUGAACAGCAAGAAAAACCUGGCUCUAGCGCUCACCACUAUAAUCUGGGUAGCGUCGGCCCAUCAUGCAGCCGUGAACUUUGGCCAGUAUGCAUACGCUGGCUACAUGCCCAACCACCCCACCGCCACUCACAAGCCAAUCCCGGCCGAAAACUCGAACGAACACAAGAAGCUGCUGUCAAACCCCGAGGAAUUCUUCCUCGAGACGGUCUCGAGGAAGCUGGAAGCGAUCCUCGUCAUGCUCACGCUCGAGAUCCUCUCCUCUCACGCGUCGGACGAGGAGUACCUGGGGCAGCGCCAUAUCUCGAACUGGACGGAUAAUCCCAAGGCCGUCGCCGCCUUCGAGAAUUUCACCGCCGCGAUGAAGAAUGUGGAGGGAAUCGUGGCGCGCCGCAACGCCGAUCCAUCACUCAAGAACAGAUUGGGGCCCGUGAGCAUCCCCUACACGCUGCUCUCCCCGGCAUCGGAGAAAGGGAUCACCGGCAAGGGCGUGCCCAACAGCAUUUCCAUCUGAGAUAUAAACCCUAAGGAUAUAUACAAUAUAUAUAAUACAAGUAUAUAUAUAUUUA